ACAGCGAGAACUUUUGUCUGUCGCCAAAGCUUUGGGACAGCUUCAUACAACAUCUCUAAAGCCGCAGCAACCGGGAAACUAUUCUACCUUCAACGGCACUACCAAAUACAUUUCACGUACACAGCUGCGCAGCAGACAUGGAGCAACAGCAAAGUUACGGCUACCAAUCUCUCUGUCACACCUGCGUAAGGACAGCAAAAAGACAAACGAAGAUCAGAAAGAUGUCCCUCUCAAGUCGAGCGCUGAUAUUCACGGUGGCGCUGACGAUGUACGUCGUGGAUGCGGGCUCUGGAGAGACGCUGUGUGGCGGAGAACUGGUAGACGCGCUGCAAUUCGUAUGUGAAGACAGAGGCUUCUAUUUUAGCAGACCCACCAGCAGGGCGAACAGCAGGCGGUCACAGAAGGGAAUUGUGGAAGAAUGCUGUUUCCAGAGCUGUGACCUGAAUCUCCUGGAGCAGUACUGCGCCAAGCCCGCCAAGUCGGAGAGAGACGUCUCCGCCAGCUCCCUGCAGGUCAUACCUGCGCUACCUGCGCUGCCUGUGCUACCGCCACUGAGCAAGCAGGACGGCCGGCGGCACGUGGCGGUGCGGUACUCCAAAUACGAGGCGUGGCAGCGGAAGGCGGCGCAGCGCCUGCGGCGGGGCGUCCCGGGCGUCCUGCGGGCGCGGAAGCUCCGCCGGCAGGCCGAGCGGGCCAGGGCCCGGGAGCAGGCCCGAAGCCACCGGCCCCUCAUCAUCCUGCCCAGCCGGGACCCCCCCCCCGCGGCGGCGCCCACGGAAACCCGCGCCGUGCACAAGUGAACCCAGCCGUCGCGCGGACGGGAGUCGGACAAGAGGAAGAAGAAAGGAAAAAAAAAA